AACGCGGGGGCCGGUCCCAAGGCGGGUCCUGGGUGGUGGGCGGAGCGCAGCGGCCGAGGCCCGGAAGCGGACCGAGGCCGCCCGGGUUCCCGCUGUCUGGCUGCCAUGGACGAGGCCGACCGGCAGAUCCUGCGGCGGUGCCGGGUGCAGCUGGUCAACGAGCUGCAGGUGGCCCCGCUCUGGGACGUUCUGCUGACCCGCCAGCUCUUCACGCCCGCCAUGAUCGAGGACAUUCAGCAUGCAGGCUCAGGGUCUCGGAGCGAUCAGGCCAGGCAGCUCGUCAUAGAUCUAGAGACCCGAGGGAGUCAGGCCCUUCCUUUGUUCAUCUCCUGCUUAGAGGACACAGACCAGAACAAACUGGCUUCAGUCCUGAGAGUGCUUCGGCAAGCGGAAAAGCAGAAUCCAGAGGUCAUCAGACCCCAGGACCCCAUGCCUGUCGUGGUUAGAGUAUUGGGCCUCACACCAGAGGAUCUCAGAGGGAAGCAAGGUCCAUCAAAGGCGACUCCUGGAAAACUCGCUCCAGUGGUGCUGGGGCCUGAGCAGCUCUGGCCAGGCAAGCUCAGGCCAGAGGUUCUCAGACCAGAGAUGCCCAGGCCAGUGGACAGUGGCUCUGGACGAUUCAGUGAUGUAUGUGCUCCGGAGAUUUCGAAGCAAAAUGCUGAUUUGGCCUACGCCCUGAACGCUGACCCCUGCGGCCACUGCCUGAUCAUCAACAACGUGAACUUCUGCCUGGAGUCGAGGCUCACGGCCCGCACCGGCUCCAACAUCGACUGUGAGAAGCUGCGUCAACGCUUCCACUUGCUGCAUUUCAUGGUGGAGGUGAAGUGCGACCUGACGGCCAAGCAAAUGGUCCAGGCUUUGGUGGAGCUGGCGCGGCGGGACCACAGCGCCCUGGACUGCUGCGUGGUGGUCGUCCUCUCCCACGGCUGUCAGGCCAGCCACCUCCAGUUCCCAGGGGCUGUUUAUGGCACGGACGGAUGUCCUGUGGCCAUCGAGAGAAUUGUGAACAUCUUCAAUGGAGCCGGCUGCCCCAGCUUGGGAGGGAAGCCCAAGCUCUUCUUCAUCCAGGCCUGCGGUGGGGCUGCAGACCGGGACUCUCCCGUCCCCCUGGCCCCAGAGGACCCCGUGUCGCCUAGGAGUCCCCUGCCCCCCGUCCCCAGCACAGUUACCUCAGAGUUAUGAUCCCACUGUGUCUUCUCCACUUUCCCCAGGCAGUCCCUCUGCCCCCCUCUGUCUCCUUUGGCCAUUCCCACAGCUUCCCCCGCUGCAAUGUCCCUGACCCCCGCCACCCCCAUCUCAGGUCCCAGCCCCAGUUCCACUUCACAACGUUCCCAGACACCCAGGGCACAUUCCAGGAUCUCGGCCAAGGAAACAACCAGAAGCUGGGGACCAGCCCAGCUCUCACAGGUCUCAGAAGCCCUGGCUUUGCAGACUUGGGGGUCUCCAUGGCAGAGGCAACAUGUGUAGAGCAGAAUCCUGGCCCCUGAAGGUCGGUUGUGAGAACAAAGACAAAUUACCAGGUUUCUGAGUCAGAUGUAUGGGGCAAGAGGUCAGUAGAUGUUGGGGCUAUAACACGGGGUUGCCAGAACCAUCUUUGUCCCAUCUCUGCCUCCUGCAGAUGGGACCCCCGCUUCCCUGGGUGAACUGGGACUUCCUUCCCUCUUUGCUGUUUCCCUUCACAGAUCCAGCCACACAAACCCACCUGCUGUCCUGCCCAGGGUCUGCCUGUCCCACUGCUUCCCCAACCAGGACCGUUCCCUCUCCCAUCGGAGCCUGGGUCACAGUCACCUGCCCCAGAAACCAUUCCCUAAGGGACCCUCUGGGCCACUCUGCCAUCUGUCUGCUUUUGCAGCUGCUUUCUCUCUGGCAUAGCCCACUGUGCCCCGCAGGGAUUCCCUGGAGCUUAUCCCGGGAGACCUCCCGCGUGUCACCACCCCGAUGGCUCUGCUCUGGAUUCGUUUGUGGCCGGAGUCCUGCCCUCACUGCUCUGGUUUCCAGGUCUGCCACAGCUUUGGGGGGAAUGCAGAUUUUGAAACUGAGAAGAGAGAAAACGUGAGUGCAGCAGUCGUCCAGGAUCUCGUGAGCCUGACACAGCGGUCUCCUUUCUGCCUCUUGCCCAUGGAUGGUGGCCCGUGGGCACAGUCUGCUUCUUCUCAUCGUGCAUUAGCCCAUGAGCAUUUCUUCACAUCGUCACAGUCCUCAUCACCGCUAGUUCAGAUGGCUCUGUAAUGUGCCGUUUUAGUGAUCUGUGGUCACUAAUCCAUUCCCCUAAUGCCGGCCGUUGAGGGGAUAUCCAAUUUUUGGCUCCCGUGACCACAAAUGUCUUUGCAUAGAGGGUCUUGACAUCACUUGGAUUCUUUCCUGGGGAAAGUACAGGGUCAGAGGGUGGAAACAGUUUCCCAGAUCCCGUGACCUAGGGUUUGCUGCCUUUUCUGAUUCCCUGCAAGGAUCUGAGAUAGCUUCGCAAGCACAAGUAUUAUAGUAGAACAAAAUAACGAGGGUCGAAGCGGAGGCUCAAAGACUGGAGAAGAGUAAACCCAUCCAGCAGACGCGUGAUGGACAGGA